AUCUGAAAUUCAGUCUCGUUUUUGCCGCGUCGGUCUAAAGGCGGACGAGCGGGCGUUUUGUAUUGCAUUUUUGUGAUGCGAGUAGCCGGUGGUGGCUCGUAGUACUGUAUCUGAGCAACAUUGCGUCUGGAGAGGCCGGCUUUUUGUGCGACCACAUGUCGUCUUGAGCAGUGCUCACACUCGCUACUGCAGGCCGGUGCACGCGCGAAUCGCCUAGUGCGACAGAGACGGAGCAAGCCAUCACGUGUGGAUUACCCAUAACUAUAAUCGUUUAUAUAGCACACUAAAAUAUUGAAGCACAAAAAAAUCUGGUAAUUUGGAUCCUAGUAACGACGCCCGGCAUUCAUAAUUUUACCGCAGGGUCAAGAGCACGGCUCGGCGUUUUUUUUCGAUCGCCGGCAUUUUUUAAAUGUUUAUUUGCAAGGAGCACGUGGAUUUUUUGAGUAAUUUUGGCGAUAAAGCCUUGGACUGUUGCCUUUCGGACGUGUUGUGACAUUAGUGUUACCUUUAUUAUGUGAUAUAUUUUUAGUGACAUUAUAGAUAGGAACAAACUGUGAUUUAUUAUGGUGAUAUAGUUGGUGAAUGUGAAGAUUUUUGGACAGUGACAGCCCAAUGAAAACGGAAGAUCUCGGAACAAUUCCAUGACAUUGAUAUCAAAGGAAACAUAAGACACGUAUUUUUAUAAGUGCCAAACACGAGACAGUUUAUACAAUUUAGAUAGAAUAAAAUAAUAGUAGCAAAGAUGAUGGAAGGAAGGACAAUCGAUUACAGGCCCGAUGGAGGUGGCUUAGAUUAUCACAAUUCGCCUUUAAUGGCCGAAAUACCUGUAGAUAACUAUUCCCAUAUACAUAGAAGUAUAGAACACCUAAGAUCCAUAGGAGUACCCCCGCCUUUAGACCAUCAUAGACACUUAGCAACUAAUCUAGCAGAUUUGAGAAGAUAUGAGCAUCCGGAUGAGAUGCCGGAGAUAAAACCGUCCGUGCUUAGACUAUCCGAAUUUAAAAGUGGUUUGCAAGAGUUGAGGGCACAGCAUGACCAAGAGAAUGAAGUUCAGCGGCAAAUGACUCCUCACGACGACGGACCCAAAGGAUACAGUGCGCCAUCAACGCCGCUAUCGGAGAACGGAGGCCAGUCCAUCCAGGAGGAAAAGGUUUUCGGCUCAAAAGCAGACCUGCAGCUGCACACCCAGAUUCACCUCCGCGAGGCGAAGCCCUACCGCUGCACGCAGUGUCCGAAAGCCUUCGCCAACUCCUCGUACCUGGCGCAACACUCCCGCAUCCACCUGGGCAUCAAGCCCUACCGCUGCGAGAUCUGUCAGAGGAAGUUCACCCAGCUGUCUCAUCUCCAACAGCACAUCCGAACACACACCGGAGAUAAACCCUAUCGUUGCACCCAGAUCGGAUGUACCAAAGCCUUCUCCCAACUGUCCAACCUCCAAAGCCACAGCCGUUGCCACCAGACAGACAAGCCAUUCAAAUGCAACUCUUGCUACAAAUGCUUCACCCACGAGAAGGACCUCCUCGAACACAUCCCUAAACACAAAGAAUCCAAACACUUGAAGACACAUAUAUGCCAGUAUUGUGGCAAGAGUUAUACGCAGGAGACGUAUUUAAGUAAACACAUGAAUAAGCAUGCGGAGAGGGCUGAUAAGCGGCCGCCGAUAUCUGCUUUAGGUUUGAGUGGAUUGAAUAGAUCUUUAGGAGCAGCCGCGCCUACCGCUGCGCCUUUUGGAGACCAUCCUUACUGGCCUAAGGUGAGCCCAGACUCAGCGGCGCACAUGUCUGAUGAAGGAGGUUACCAUCAGCAGCGGGAAAGCGAUGAGCAUCACGAGCAGCAGCUUCAGCAGCAACGAGCUCUGUUUGCUCAGCAUGAGAGCCAGGACGACCGCAUCCAGCCCCCCGUGUCGUCCGCGGCGAACUCUGCGUUUACGCCAAUCAACUCAAUGGCUCCUCACCUCAACGGGCUGUCGCACCACAGCGCCCUGCCCACGCGGCCGUAUCUCUACGACCCCCUCCACUUCCAGCAAGGCAAGCAGCAGCCCAACUCCUUCCCCAACCAGCUGAUAUCCCUGCAUCAGAUCAGGAACUACGCUCACCAGCCCUCGGCCCUGCUGCCCGCGGAGCACAUCCUGCCGCAUGCGCUAUCGCACAAGGAUAAGCAGUAACUUACCGUAGGUACAUUCACUAUAGUAUGUACUUAUGAUGGUAUUACUAGUUGUAUAAUUAACGAAAUAUUAAAUAAAAAAAUAUUUAGAAUCUCGCUCUCGAAGACAGUGGUAUUACGGUUUUAUCGUUAGAGAAACAAAUUCAUGUUUUUAGAAAUAAAAUUGUAUGGAUACUCGGAAUUUUGUGAGUAGAUGACAAAAUUUUAUGGGUAUGAAUGUGAUUUCGGAUUUUAUUUUCCAAUUUACGGAUUAUUGAUUAGUUUUUUGUUUAACGGUUGUUCGUUUUACCCAGUUGAUCCGGGGGUUUGAUCGUCAAUUAGGGCUGAUUGAAAUUAUUAUUCUAUAGGAUGCUGAAUUGGUUUGGAGAUAAAAGACUUGAGAAAUAACGAUUCGUAUUGAAUUGAAUUUUUAUAUUUGUGAUAUGGUUGUAGAUAUGAAAAAUAUUAUACCCGAAGUAUAUAUUGAUGUAUUAUAUAGGUUUUUGAUGUUUUUAUUGGUUCGUCUUUGUUCAAAUAUUUUCAGCACUUUACAAUUAAUUAUCGAUCAAACAUUCGUAGCAACUCGGACGCAUGUUAAUUUCACUGAUUAAGGAAAAACUAAUCUUUAAUACGGCUAAAUCUUAGAGGAGUCAUAUUAGACAUCUUUUUUAUAUUUUCUUUUAUCUGUAAUCAAAGCAUAAUGUUCUAUCGAUGCAUAACACAAACCCAGUGAUUUAUUUUAUUGUUAACUAAUUGAUACGAAAAACACAGUUAAAAUAAGUUCAACGACAGUCUCUUUUUACUGAAAAGUUGUAUCUCAACAUACACAGUUUAAUUUUCAGUGCAACUUUUUAUUUGUAACAUUAAAUUUCUUAGAGUGAGACUGCAUUGGAAUCUACAUAAUCGAAAUAAUUUAUUCACAACUAACAUAAUAAGUAAUAAAUAAAACAUGUUUUUAAUCAAAAAGUUCCUGAUAACAACAAGUAUUUGUAAAACAAAAGUGACUCGAAUAACUUCCACAGAAUUAUAUCGUUCUUCACUUUCACUUCAGUUGCAUUUUUAUAAUAUUCAUUAAGAAUUAAUAAAUAGAUCUCUUUAAUCAUCACAUUUGCACUCAGUUCCUAUUUAGAUCAUAUUAUGUAUUUUUUUUAGCUUUAUCUAUUGUACAACCUAUCAUUUUUAGUAUUCUUUACAUUUAUUUUUCCAAAUUUAGAAAAUGUAUUCUUCCUGCAUUUUAAAAUGUUUUAACGAACAAAAAUUAAGUUAAUUAUUAAUAAGCCUUCGGGUCGAAUAUAUUUUCUAUCGUUAAAAAUAUUCCCCAUGUGUAUAAUACAUUUAUGAGUGGCCAAAUCGCUUCUUUACGUCACACAAUGAAAGGUGCACUUUUUGUAAAUAUUUUGUAAAUACGAAUACGAUUUUUUGAGAAAAAAAUCCUUGAAAUUUAUUGAAGAAAGUUUUUUUGUUUUACUUUAUAAUAUCUAAAAGUGCUUAUGCUCAAUUAUAUUAGCCUUAAGAACUCAAGGGUAGUGGCGUACAUUCGGAAUUGUAAAGUAUUCCUAUUUUCCGUACUUAAUAGGCCCUUCGUACAUCGAUUUUUUAGACUAGUUUCAUGUAUACGAACACAGGAACUGUUGAUUUGUUUUAAUUUUUUCGAACGAAUCAGCGUUAGUAGGUAAAAUUAAUAAAAAAAUGUGAUAGGAGAUGGAAUGGGGAAGAGUGACUAUUUUUGGAGGAAUGUCUAUUUUCCUUCUAAAUUAAUUUGCUAUUGAUCUUUUUAGUUAUAAAAAAAAUGUUAGGUUGUGGUUAUUCGUUAGGGGUCUGCAGGGCAAGAUGGCCGUCUGUCUGUCUGUCACAAAUUAGCCAAAUCUUUAUUUUUUCUUGUACAAAUAUGUUUUUUUCGUUAAUGUUAAAUAACGGCAAUAAGUAUUUCUUCCGAUCAUUUGUUGUUAAGUAAGCACUAUUGUAUAUUAACUGUAUCAUGACAAUGAGCCAAGAGUUAUACCUAAUUUUUCGAACUUUGGAUUUAAGGGAAUAAAAAUCGCCAAUAUCUCUCUAUUGUAAGUAGAAAUGUGAUAUUGUAAUUUGAUUUUUUUAAGUUAAGUGUAAACUUAUUAUUAUGAAUACGAUAUUUUUGUAAGUAAUUUUUUUUUUCGUUUUAUGUUAGUUUUCGCUUUUUCUAGCGUUCUCGUUUUAAGAUUUAUAGAUGAAAAUGAACGAAAAUCAUUUUUUGUUACUUAAAAUUGAUUAAAAAUUAAUUACAACUAUGCCAAGAAUUAUA